AUGCCAUGCUAUGUCCCAUUCAAUUACAAUUAUGAAAAUUGGCUGAUUUUAAUAUUACAGAUUUUAGCUCUGAGCGCCGUCUUGGCAGUGUCAGCGGCAGGCCUCUUGCCACAGCCCCACUAUUCAUCUGCUGCAGCUGUCUCCUCACAGAGCAUCGUGCGUCACGACCAACCUCAAGCUAUUCACUCUGCACCCAUCGCCACACAUGCCGCCCCUCUUGCCUACCACGCUGCUCCAGUCGCCACUUACGCGGCUCCCGCCCGUUAUUCCGCCGGCCAUGCUGUGUGUCAUGAUCAGCCCCAUGCCGCAUUCGGAAUUGCUCCUGUGUCUUACGCAGCGGCACCAGCGCACUACGCCGCGCCUAUCAUCAGCCAUGUUGCUCCCGUGACCAAGUUUGUUGCCACCGCACAACACGAGGAAUACGCUCACCCUAAAUACGACUUCGCAUACUCCGUGGCCGAUGGACACACUGGCGACACCAAGUCCCAACACGAGAGCCGCGAUGGUGAUGCUGUGCACGGCGAGUACUCGCUGCUUGAAGCUGAUGGCUCAGUACGCAGAGUGCAGUACUCCGCUGACGACCACAACGGCUUCAACGCUGUAGUCAGCCACUCUGCGCCCGCGAAACACGGUGUUUCAGCUCCCGCACAUUAUCUGACUCAUCAUUACGUGACAAUUCUCACCGACAACUUUGAAUUAGUUAUAUAA